AUGCCAACCGCCGGGGCUCCCCUGGGCGACCCCGAAGCCCCACCCUGCACCAACCAGAGCUGCACGGCCCAUGACCUGGUCCUGCUGGGCUUCGCGCACGUGCCCGCACUGCGGCCACUGCUCGUGGCGCUCUUCCUGGCCAUGUUCCUGCUCACGCUGCUGGGCAAUGCGCUCAUCGUGCUGCUGAGCGCCCUGGACCCGGCCCUGCGCGCGCCCAUGUACUUCUUCCUGCGCCACUUGGCCCUGCUGGAGAUCUGCUUCUCGCUGGACAUCGUGCCCCGGCUGCUGGUGACCCUGCUGCGGCCGGGGCAGGGCAUGUCCCCCACGAGCUGCGCCCUGCAGCUGCUCCUGGUGCUGUCGUGCGUCACGUCCGAGUGCUUCCUCCUGACCGCCAUGGCCUGGGACCGCCACGUGGCCAUCUGCAGGCCCCUGCGCUAUGGCGCCCUGGUGAGCCCCCGGCUCUGCCGCCUGCUGGCUGCCACGUGCUGGCUGGCCGGAAUCCCUGUGUCACUGGUCUUCACCAUCUGGCUGUUCAGCUUCCCAUUCUGUGGGCCCCAUGGCAUCCGCCACUUCUUCUGUGACAUCGCCCCGCUGCUCAGCCUGGUGUGUGGGGACACCAGCGUCUUCGAGGCCAAUGUGUUGGUGGCCACAGUGCUGGUCAUCAUGGUUCCCUUCUGUCUGAUAGCCACGUCCUAUGGCAAGAUCCUGGCCACCGUGCUCCGCAUGCCGUCAGCCACUGGGCGCCACAAGGCCCUGUCCACGUGCGCCUCCCACCUAAUGGUGGUGGUUCUGUUCUACGGCACUACUGGGGUCAUCCACCUGCGUCCCAAGGCCAGCUACUCCCCUGAAAGCAAGCAGGUGGUGUCCCUGUCAUACACCCUGGUGACCCCCAUGCUCAACCCCCUCAUCUACAGCCUGCGGAACAAGGAGGUGAAAGCCGCCCUGGGGCGCGUGUGUUGCCGUCGCCAGGAAUCUGGACCCCAUGAAUGACC